AUGGAAGAAAUUCCAGAGUUGAAUUCGGGUGAUUCUUCUUCUCGCGAGGUUUUGGAAUCGGAACAGAAGAUAAUGGGUACCCAGAGAAUCUCUGUUUCAGAUCACAUAAACGCAUAUCAGUAUUCAACCGAAGAAGCCGAUAGCUUUGUGAUUGACAUGGAUUCCUUCUCCUCCCCAUCAACAAAGAUAACACCAAUGCUAAUUCCAGAAUUACAGAAAGGAUCUCAGCGUGGGGGCGACAGGAAGGUGAAUGGCAAUGUCACAUUUCAUGAUAGGGAUACUGUCCCAACUACAUGCGCACCAAAAGCUGCCCUAGCAGGAUCCUGCACGGCCGAAAAGUCAGCGGCAGUAGCAGUAGGGUCCACGCAACAUUCCCCAAACACACAGGUUCAUCAUCAGAUUACCAUUACUGCCAGUAACAUGUGCAAUACCACCACCACCACCGAAAGCAAAUGUGUAACUCGAAGAAAUAGUUUUAAACGGCCUUCUUCAUGGCUCCUUGACCCUAAAAGGGUUCUGCUUUUCUUUGCCACCUUGUCAAGCAUGGGAACAAUGUUGCUGAUUUACUUCACUCUUACUAUCAGCAAGCAAAGUGCAGAUGAAUAA